ACCACCUCUCACUUUCCUUUUCCCUUCCCUUCCCCAGGUGCAGGAUGGCCGUCCGGAACGUGCUGCUGACUGGCUGCUCAUCUGGCAUCGGGCAAGCACUGGCCGUGCGCCUGGCCAGAGAUGAGCUGAAGCGCUUCCGAGUUAUCGCCACGAUGAGGAAUCUGGAGAAGAGAGAAGCCCUGGAGCGGGAAGCCGGGCCUGCCUUGGACAAGACGCUGGAAAUCAAGGAGCUGGACGUGGGCAGUGAGCAGUCCAUCCGGCGCUGCGUGGAGAGCAUCCCCCAACGCAAGGUGGACGUGCUCGUGAGCAAUGCCGGCGUGGGCAUGAUCGGCCCAGUGGAGAGUCACAGCAUGGCUGCCGUCCAGCGCCUCUUCGACACCAAUUUCUUCGGAGCGGUGCGCCUGAUUCGUGAGAUCUACCCCGACAUGAAGCGGCGACGUGAGGGCCACAUUGUGGUGAUGAGCAGCGUCUUGGGGCUCCAAGGCCUCUUCUUCAACGACUUCUACUGCGCCUCCAAAUUCGCUGUGGAAGGAUUCUGCGAGAGCCUGGCCCUCCAGGCUCUGAAGUUUGGGGUCAACAUCAGUUUAAUUGAGCCGGGACCGGUCGUAUCAGAGUUCGAGAGGAAGCUCUACGAAGAGGUGGACAGCCUGGAUCUCUCUGGGGUGGACAAAGAGACGCAGGAUCUCUUCAAGGGACUCUACAUGGCCUACUCCAAGGACGUCUUCACCGCGCUGGGGCAGUCUUCGGAAGAGGUGGCCGAGCACGCCAUGAAAAUCAUCACGUCCGAGAAGCCUCCCUUCCGGUACCAAACGAACAGCCUCUACACGCCCAUCACCACCCUCAAGCACGCCGAUCCCAGCGGCGUCCUGCCCCUCAAUGCCUUCCACCAGAUGGUCUUCCAGCACGACCGGCUCUUCAAAGCCAGCCUCAGCCUUCUGAAGAUGCUCCAGUGGAGGAAGCGGCGGGAUAUGGACCACGGCCGGGGCCCCUGAGAAGAAGGCCCCGAGGAGGCCACGCCUUGUAGUCCCUCACUUAGAACAUUCCCUACUUUUACGGCUUCCUAGAGAGUUUUAUGUUGAGUUAGACCCCUCCCCUCGAGUUCCGUGUCACGGUGGCCACUUUCGGGAAAGUCGCGGAAAUGGGUCAGGCCAAGUCAAAGAAAUGGGUCAGAUGUCAUGAGAAGUCAGAGAAAAGGCAAUUAAGACAUGCUUUUGAAACAAAUGCUGCUGCAAGAGGACAACCUGAACAUACGGCAGUGGAAACAGAGAGCCAGUUUGAUGUAGUGGAGAAGUGGGCGGAUUCUUAUCUGGGAGAGCCGGGUUUGAUUCCCCACUCCUCCACUUGCACCUGCUGGAAUGACUGAGGGUCAGCCGUAGCUCUCGCAGAAUUGUCCUUGAAAGGGCAGCUUCUGUCAGAGCUCUCUCAGCCCACCUACCUCACAGGGUGUUUGUUGUGGGGGAGGAAGGGAAGGUGAUUGUAAGAGAGCCAGUUUGGUGUCAUGGUUACGGGCACAGACUCUUAUUUGGGAGAACCAGGCUUGAUUCCCCAGUCCUCCACUUGUACCUGCUGGCAUGGCCUUGGGUCAACCAUAGCUCUGGCAGAGGUUGUCCUUGAAAGGGCAGCUUCUGGGAGAGCCCUCUCAGCCCCACCCACCUCACAGGGUAUCUGUUGUGAGGGAGGGAGAUAAAUGAGAUUAUAAGCCACUCUGAGACUGAUUCAGAGAGAAGGGCGGGGUAUAAAUCUAUGGUCUUCUUCAAAGAAGUGGCGGGACACAAGUGUAAAGCAACAAUGUACACAUUCUCCAUAAUUUGAUGGUAUGAUCUUGAGAAUAUUUACGGCUGGUUGUGGUUAACAAUAAAACAGAAUACAGUGAA